AUGGCUUUGCUUCCAGAGCGAUCAUCGCUUCCACUGCAACUUACAUUGUGCCUUAAUCGUCCAGUAUCAUUCAUUUUCGUCGCAGUUCUUCUACUUUUAUAUUUCUUCAAAGUGUCAAUACUACCAUACGCGACAAAUGCCAAAAUUUGCGAACUUCUGCUAAUUAUUCUUUUCAUUCCAAACGAAGCAAUGCGUUUAUAUUGGGCCCGGAAAGGGAAUCUUACUGAAACUAGUGGCUAUUUAUCAUUCGCUCUUCUUCUCAAUGCACUUACAUUAACACUUUGUGUUUACUGGGCCUUAUUUCAAAGCUAUGUUCUGUUCAUCGAAUUUGUCGUCGUUUGUGUGGAAGCAUUUCUAGUAAUCAUUGAAACAGUGUUCGCAAUUGCCGCUGUUGCCAAUUUUUCAAGCCCAUGUGGCCAUUUUAACGAAAAUCUCCUUCAACUGAAUUUGUUAAAUAAUCGAAUCUAA